AUGGUGUCCUUCCAGUGCGAGGGCUGCGGCGACGUCUUCACAAAGAAGAAGCUUGACCCCCACCGCAACCAAUGCCACCACGCCUCCUUCACCUGCAUCGACUGCAUGACCAACUUCCAGGGUACGACUUACCGCGCACACACGUCCUGCAUCUCCGAGGCGCAGAAAUAUCAGGGCGCAUUGUACCGCGAGAAGCGCAAGCCGAAUGGGCAGCCGCAGAAUACCCCGAACACGGGAAAGGGGAGACACGCGUAUGUCGAGGAUGCGAACACAGCGGAGGGGGGAGGAGAGGUCGCCCUCGUGGACGCGCCGCCCCAUGCGCCGAGUCCGCCGCCGGCGGUGAAUGUGUUUGAUUUCCUGGUCGAGGAGAGGGAGACGCCGCGCGCGCUACCGGCUCCUGCGCCCGCAGAAGACGACCGGCAACUCUCGCAGCGCAUGCCCGGCGCCUUCGAGGACGACGCGAUGGGCUUCCAGGCGCGCGCACGAGGGCUUGCAGACCAGGCGGCCGACUACUGGCACGGCCCGCCGCAGAACGGCUACUCCUACGGCAACGGCCCGCUGCACCACGUCGAAGAGCGCUACCCGUCAGCUAACGACCUGCAUGCCGCCGCCGCAGCCGCCCACCCCUUCACGACUCCAGCGCCAAAAGCGACACGCUCUGAGCGCGACGCCCGGGCCCGCAAAGCCGCACACUCUCACUCCAACUCGAAAGACGCCUCCGCACCAGCUACAACCACAGCCAAGACCUCAACCGACAAAAAACGCAAGCGCCACCAGCUCGAAGACCUCGACCUCACGAACUCGCGUCCCGGCUCCGAGGGACUAGAUACUCUGAUGACAGAUAUCCCGCCUCCCUCGGCCGCGACGCUGCAUACUGGCCUCACGGGGGGACUGAACCGCCUGCUUGGGGCGAGGGGAAUGGAGUUCCCGCCGAGUCCGGAGUGGAGUGGGGAUUCUCCGAUGCUAGUUGGGGGAGAGGUUGUGAGUCCGGUUAAGAGGACGAAGGCGUCGCGGGGGGCUGAGGGGAGGGAUGCGGCGAGCGAGGGCAAGGAGAAGGAGAGGGGCAGGAAGGAGAGGAAGACGUCUGGCUCGGGUGUCACGGUUAUCACGACGACGAGCAAGGGGGAUGGGAAUCGUGGGCGGGAACUCGUGCGGGUGAGACGGCGGCGACGGCAGCGGUCGAGGAGCAGGAGUGAGAGCAGGGACUCGGACCGUGGCUCCGGGGCCCGAAAACUGAAAGCAAUUGAGUACUACGCGCGCCGGCGUGAGUCUGUUGACCCGGACACGGAUCAGCAGCUUGUGCGCCACCGCGACGCGCACCACGACGGCUAUGCCAACGGCUACGGCGGUGACGCACAGCAGCGCGCGGAGCGCUUCCUGUCCUUCGUGACGAAGGGCCCGGAGAGCGAAAAGGGCGUCUCGAUCAAUAAGGCGCUAAAGCGGUAUCAUCGGGAGAGGCAUGACAUGGGGGAUGAUGAGCUGAGUAAGGCGGAGGAGGAGAAGGAGUUGUGGAAGAUGCUGAGGGUGAGAAGGAACGAGAGGGGGGAGGUUGUGUUGAUCUUCUAG